AUGGCCGACAACACCAAGGACACCAAGGAGGACAUCAAGGCGCCCAAGCCGGCUGCCAACCUCCAGAUCAAGACCCCCAAGGGCACCCGUGACUGGCACGGCCCGGACAUGCUCCUCCGUGAGCAGCUCUUCCAGACUGUUAGCGACGUCUUCAAGCGCCACGGCGGCACCCCCCUCGACACUCCCGUCUUCGAGCUUAGGGAAAUCCUUGCCGGCAAGUAUGGCGAGGACUCCAAGCUCAUCUACGACCUUCAGGACCAGGGUGGCGAGCUCUGCUCCCUCCGCUACGAUCUUACCGUCCCCUUUGCCCGCUGGCUCGCCAUGACCAGCACCCAGCAGGUCAAGCGCUACCACAUCGCAAAGGUCUACCGUCGCGACCAGCCCGCCAUUGCCCGCGGCCGCAUGCGCGAGUUCCACCAGUGCGAUUUCGACAUUGCCGGUGUCUACGACCCCAUGAUCCCCGACGCCGAGAUUCUGCGCAUCAUCGUCGAGGUCUUUGACGCUCUCAAGCUCGGCAUCACCAUCAAGCUCAACCACCGCAAGAUCCUUGACGGUCUCUUUGCCGUUGCCGGUGUGCCCGCCGAGAAGAUCCGCACCAUCAGCUCCGCCGUCGACAAGCUCGACAAGAUGCCCUGGGCCGACGUCAAGAAGGAGAUGGUGGAGGAGAAGGGUCUGCCCGAGGAGGUUGCCGACAAGAUUGGCGUCUACGUGCAAAACGCCGGCAACAUCACCGACAUCAUCAACUACAUCAAGGCCGACGCCGAUCUGCCCACCAACGACGACAUCAAGGCCGGCAUCCACGACAUGGAGCUGCUCGCCGCCUACCUCGAGGCCCUUGAGGUCACCGACAAGGUCUCGUUCGACCUCUCGCUCGCCCGCGGUCUCGACUACUACACCGGCCUGAUCUUCGAGGUCAUCAACAAGCCCGAGCCCGUGGCUGACGGCGACAAGAAGAAGAAGAGCAAGAAGGACGACCCGGCCAGCCAGGUUGGUUCUAUCGCCGCCGGCGGCCGCUACGACAACCUUGUCGGUAUGUACGGCAAGAAGCAGAUCCCCUGCGUCGGUAUCUCGUUCGGCAUCGACCGUAUCUUCACCAUCCUCAAGGCCCGCGGCGAGAACGACAUCAAGAAGCGCGAGGUGGACGUGUUCGUCAUGGCCUUUGGUGGCGGCAAGGACUUUGACGGUCUCCUUGUGGAGCGCAUGAAGAUUGCCAGGCAACUAUGGAACGCCGGCAUUCGCGCCGAGUACAUGGCCAAGGCCAAGCCUAAACUGCAGGCUCAGUUCAAGGCUGCCGAGGGUACGCCUCUGGGUGUCAUCCUGGGUGAGGAGGAGCUCAAGGCUGGUCAGGUCAGGUUGAAGAAGCUUGAUCAGGGUCAGGGCCAGAAGGAUGAGGGCAACCUGGUUCCUAUUGAGAACUUGGCUGAGGAGGUCCAGAAGCUGUUGCUAUAG